AUGUGGUCACGGAAGGGAGUUGAUGAGGACGCUAGGAGCUCGGCCACUUCACGGCGACCUCGAGCAGCUAAGCAGCUGCAUGGCAGGGUGCAUGGCGACGUGCGGAGCAGCGGCGCCUGCCACGGCGGCAGUGCAUUCCCCCCCUUCCGGCACUUGCGGUGGGCCCAGCCCACUCAGCCGCAAAGCAAUUUUCGUGGCCCACCCAUCAUACAUACAAUACCCAAAACUCUAUCCCUUCAUCCCCUUCGCCCACACACCAGCAGCCGCACAACUUGCUCCACCGUUGGGGGCGCUCCCUUUGUGCCGCCGCCACCUUCCUCCACUGCUCGGGCCAAAUCGAGAGCUCUCGGCUGGGGGCCACGCGAGCUCCGGCAGGAUCCGUCGCCGGCGGCAUCCUUGCUAGUCGCGCUUCUCCUCGGGUCCCACCUCUGCCGCGAACACUGCCCCUGCUGCGCCUGCCGUACCCGCCCAGUCUCGUCCGUCGCCAUUGCUGUUGAUGCUGCGGCGGUGGAUCUCGCACAGUCGCACAUGGGUUUCAACAGUUCAGAAGAGCAACAUGGGGGUCCUUUGUUUAUCGAUUCCAGCAGUAGUUUUAGCUUCAGUUCUUGUGCAAAAGCAAGUGGGCAGCACAUAAGCUGCUUAGCUCUUAUCUCAGCCUAGGAGCAGUUGGCCUACAUUGAGCUAAGAGGAAAGGAGGUAGCUAGGAGGUAUAUGUAUGGCCAUUUAUUCUACAAAGCAACCGAUCUGGUGGAUACUCUAUGUAACCACUUACAAUUUAACAUUGUCAUGUAUUAUGAUCACAAGAGCUUGUAUUGUGAAGUGUGAAAUAUUUGUGUACUGCUAUGAAAUGUACCAUGUUGUGAAACAUGAGAUUCAAAAAUGUACACGGUGCAUCUAGAUUUUUUUUGUUUU